AUAUUGUUUAGUCAACUUCUAUGAUUCGGAGCGUUUGCACGUAUAUGUCUCGAUUGUGCGUGUAUAUUUAUUAAUUUAUUUUUUAUUUUACACACAACGUUUCUUUCCUCCUGGAGCGUUCGUCGUGGAGAGUGUGUUUUGCUUGAGAUCUGAGCACCGCGCGAUGACAGUACGGCGGUCGACGACGUAGCAGCGACGUGAAAUCCGUUUUUCACCCGAGAUCGUAAAACAAUUUGGACAAGCACACACAGGUCGUGAACAACAGAAAAUCGUGAACGUGAACGCCGCGAACGAGUCAAGUUCUGGCCAGUGAUUGCGUUGACAGCGAAGGUUGGUUGACGCCGCCAAGUGACAACGAGGAAAAUUUGAGUAACGAAAAAUAUCCAGUGAAAUGUGAAGAUAGUCGUUAUCAAAAGACGUACCUGAUACCUGAAAUCUUGGAAGCGAGUUGAUGCAAAAGUCAAGAACCAGCAUCAGGCCACACUUGGUUUGUGACAACUGAGUGGGACUGCCAUAGCGAUCCCGAGUGAGGGUGAAGAAAACAAGAAUAGCAUCAGCAGCAGCAAGUGAUCUAAACCGAAGAGCGCGCGCGGGAUGUGUGCAUAAGUGUGUUUAUGUUUUGAUCGUUUUUUUGUCAGUCGCGCGCGAGAGUUCUUUAUGGUUCCCGGCCGGAGAGAGAGAGAGAGAGAGCGGGGAAAAAAAGGAACCCAAAUAAAUGCCACAAUUAAUUUGAAUAAUCUUGAAUGAAGAAACAGAAAUUAACAUAAUUCGUAUACUCGCGGGACGCAGUAGCGGCUUGAAACAGCAUCCAGUGGCGAACACCGAACGCAAAGUUGUACGCGCGAAGAUACAAACAAGAAACUAAGAAUACGGUUGAAAAUUCCAGCGCCAGUAAAACAAUUUGAAAGAGUUGGAGAGAAGCAAAGAGAAGUUAUUAGCGAAGAGUAAACACCUGAGCGAUGAUUGAUUGAUUCUAGCUCUGCACUGGAGAAUUGAAUUAUCGAAACUCACACACAGCCAGCAGCAGCAGCAGCAGCUUGGAAGCAAACACACAACUUAAGACAACGGCUCAGUGUGGACGCUGAAAGAGGAAGACAAAUAAAACAAGUCUCUGAUUUGAUUACUUUGACGUGAUCGACAUUUUUUGUGAGUGUGUCUCCAGCGCGAGAGAUCAUCGGUGAGAACCAGGCGCGACCUGUUACUGCGGCCAGUGCAGGUUUCGGGUGAAACCUGAUAGUAAAACGGGACAGCAAACGCCAAACGCCGGAAUAAGGGCAGUGGAAGAAGCAAAUUUUCGGUGCCGCUGAGGCGUGUUAUGCUAGUGAACCAUUUUUGUUAAUAUCGGAAAACUGAGCCCAAAUUUGGAGCCCUACCCCGCCAGCGUGGACGGGCUUAACAGCCCGAGAGCGGUGGGGAUGGCCGCUACCACGUACAUAUCGUCCAGCGGGGAGUUGGAUAUGGCCUUGGGCGGCGGAUAUCAUACAUCUUCACCGCGGAGUGCAGCCGAUGCAAACGAGAUGAAGUACAUGCAUCACCACCACCACCAGAGUCACCACCACGUGCCCUCGAGUCCUAGUCCUAACCCAGCCGGUCUGGGUGGCGUGACGGGUGGACUGGGCGGCGUAGGUGGUAACCCAUGGGCCGCACUCCAGCCAACCGAUCCUUGGGCCCUGCACUCUCACCAUCCUCACAGCCACCCGCAUGCGACAGACGUGAAGCAGGAAAUGCAUUUAUCGCAACAGGCCCGGGCACAACAGGGCAUGGCCUCACCACAUGCUUGGCACGCACCGGUACAUCCUGGAACGCACUACGCGACCGGGGGAUCUCCACUGCAAUACCACCAUGCAAUGAACGGUAUGCUCCACCAUCCUGCUCAUCCUGCUCAUCACCAAAGUGCACCACCUAUGCAUCCCUCGUUACGGGGUGAAUCGCCUCAGCUACACAUACCACACCACCACCUGCAAGGCGAUCGGGACGUGAGUGCCGGUGAGGAAGACACCCCAACGUCGGACGAUCUGGAAGCAUUCGCAAAGCAAUUCAAACAGCGACGAAUCAAGCUCGGAUUCACCCAAGCCGACGUCGGUCUAGCCCUCGGUACCCUCUAUGGCAAUGUUUUCUCCCAGACAACGAUAUGUCGAUUCGAGGCUCUACAGUUAAGUUUUAAGAAUAUGUGCAAGCUAAAGCCACUGCUGCAGAAAUGGCUCGAGGAGGCUGACUCAACGACGGGAUCGCCGACCAGUAUCGACAAGAUUGCGGCACAGGGUAGAAAACGGAAAAAGCGAACCAGCAUCGAGGUGUCCGUGAAGGGCGCACUCGAGCAGCACUUCCACAAACAGCCCAAACCAUCUGCCCAAGAAAUCACAUCGCUUGCCGAUUCGUUGCAGCUCGAGAAGGAAGUGGUCCGGGUAUGGUUCUGCAACCGACGGCAGAAGGAAAAGCGAAUGACGCCACCGAACACGAUGGGCGGCGACAUGAUGGACGGAAUGCCACCAGGGCACAUGGGUCACGGUGGACACGGCUACCAUCCGCACCACGAUAUGCACGGUAGCCCCAUGGGUACGCACAGCCACAGCCACAGUCCGCCCAUGCUCAGCCCUCAGAGCAUGGGAGGUGGAGGGCACCAUCAGCUUACGGCCCACUAGCAAUCAGAGCACCAGGAGUCCAGCAAUAACCCGGCGGUAUUCCAACCGAUACACCAUCCGGCGAUAAUGCAACCGCAUCAUCACCACCAUCAUCAGCAUACCGCCGCUGCCGUCUCCUCCGUCGCUGGCAACAGCUAUAGCAUAGCAUCGACCACCACGAAUACCUCUUCGCCACCGUCGAUGACGUCGCCAUCUACCGGGGCACCGAUGCCCGGCGGAUCGCCCUCAUCUUCGGCGGCGGCUGCUGCUCAAAUGUACAUAGAUCAUAGGCAUCACCAGCAGCAACAGCAGAUGCACGCUAGACGGAUAUUUCAAGAAUGGACUCUGCAGUUCGGACCAACCGGAUCUGCGACUGGUGCACGAUAUCUCAACUAAGGACCCUCUCCAAGGACGGGGUCUUUCCCAACCGUAAGAAGAAGACGAAGAUCAACAUUCCCACAAACGGCAACAACAACAACAACAACUGCAACUUAUAUGAAUACAACACACGAAACCAAUAAGAUGCAAGCUAGUAAAAUAUUAAAUAAUUUGAUGCCCCCCUUAAAUAAAUUGUUUAAAUAAAAGUUUAAACUCUAAACAACACACAAAAAUCAAGCAAAAAGUGGUGACUUAAAUACAAUUGGUGAAACUCCGAUCGAAACUGUGUUUACCUGUACAUAGAAAAAGAAAACAAAACAAAAAAUAUGCAAAGUAAAACAAGUAAUGAAAGUAAGCUAAAUAUAAUCAGUACCGCGUAAGAAAUGUAUGCAAAACUUAGAAUUUAUAAAUGAGAUAACAAAAAAACAACAAAAAAAGCAAAACACACAACAGAGCUAGUUAGGAAUGAAUGGAGAGCGCGCGCGGAAUUCCAAGAGCAAAACCAGAGAAGUUCUAGUGAUAUAUAUAAAAAAUGAGUAAAGUAGCACCGAAAACCCACGAAAAUGAUACCACAAAAGUGUGUGAAAUGUAUAAAAAAUGAGCGAAACAAAAAAUAUACUUUGUGCAAAAUAGAAAAUCUAACCAUCGAAAAGUGAGUUCAAGCUGUAAGUAUUCUUAUCCAAGUGGGCACUGCGUUGCAGAUUUUUCGUGAUUGGCCGACGGCAGUUCGUGGCUUGCUUAGAUUCCAAACUUUUGUUUUGCAAAAAAAAUUAAACUGGUGGCAGAUUUUUGUACUGCCGGCCAAGGUGUUAGCGUUGCGAGGGAGAUCCAACGGCGACGUCCAAAACGAUUCCGGCCAAAUAAUCGUGAAAUUGCUCUGCGGCAGACCUUCGGGAAUACCCCGGGGUUGUUCGCUCGUUGCCGGGUGUGUGUGUAUGUGUGCACGAGGUCGUAAAUUUUUGAAGUAUCGUUUUGUUUUCUGGGCCUGCUUUGUUUCUUCCUUGCACAUCCUUGAUUCUUCCUUGAGUCGAUGCGCCCCGCUUGCUGUGUGCGUGUGCGUGUCCUGUGUGUCUCGUGCGGGAAAUUUCCUGUUCAGGAAAUUCCGGUAGUAUCCUUUUACGACCCGGAGCCCCGACGGCAGGCCGAUUAGUGAUGAUUGUUUUUUCGUCCUGUUGCUUUCACACCUUUUCGGCUAAAGUGUCCUUUCGUGUUGGCUUGCUAAGCUAUAGCCCAAUUCGCUAGGUCAACAAGGGGCAGGGCUAUCGAUGGUUGUGCCGUUCCCUUUUUGCGCUGGCUUCUUCUUCCGAUUUCUUCCAAUUUCUGGAGAUUCUUACGGAAUUUCCCCGUAAUCGUCCCGGUGACGAGUAUUUAUAGCUUGUGACCCCCGGGAUGGUUUAAACCUGGGAAAUUCCUCGCCACACUCUUCGCAAAGAAGGUCGCAAGAAUGCUGAGAAUUGACUUUCGAUGAAAGAUUUCCUAGUUUGAGUGUCCACCAAUGUAUACCGAACCCCCUUGGUAUACAUAAACGCAAGCAAAAUAUUUGUAAAACAAAAUGUGAGAUCAAACAUAAAACAAACACUAGACAGAUGUAGAGAUGCGUCAGAUGGAAUCUAUAAAAUCAAUACAAAAAACUGUGUACGAAACAAUUACAAAACAUAGAAUACCAAUAUUUGUAAGGUCGGAUAAGAUCUACGAGGAGAGUAAAAUCCCCAGCAAAAGUGCGUUCAUCAAACAUUCCAGAAUAAAAUUCCUUGUUUAAUGCUCAAAAGUACACACAUUUUUUGUUCUUUUUUAAUUUCGUGAAAUCCCUCAAACUUGAUAUUUUUACACUAAAACCCCGAUGGUUUGACAACGAUAUUUGCCACCUCUUUUGUGCGAAGCUCAUACGCUCUACCAAUUGUUAGUUUUGCUAGUGUGCAUGAGAAUCGUGUAAAAAGUGACAGGUCGUCAUUUUAGUUUGGCUUUAUCAAACCGACGGGAUACAAACUAAAGGAUCAAAUUAAAUGAUGUUAAAUCAGUAGGUUAGUGUAACAUGCUUUUUAUCUAUUUUCACAAGCUAAAAAUUCAACUGUUGAAAAAUUCUUUCAAUUAAAGAUAUUCCUUACUUGUUUUUGAUGGAAUUGGUUAAGAAGUCAUUUGCAGUUUGUAAAUCAACAAAAGAUACUAAUUCUUUAUCCGUUCAAUUUAAUACGCGUUGUUUUAAAACUAAGUGGGUUCACUCUUGAUUGAAAACAUUAAUUAUAAUCAAAUAACAUUAAUUCAUUUAACAACUAACUAAAUUCAGAUGUUUGAAAACAAUUUUAAACAAUUGCAUUAAAAAAUUAUUCUGCCGUUUUUAUUUGAAUAUCUUUGUAAAUUUCUCCUUAACUAAUUCUCCCACAGUUUGGAUGACAUAAAAAUUGAUUUAAGAAAAAACAACAAUGGCUGAGUUUUUUGCACUUAGAAAGAUUUUUUCUUACAUUUCCGUGAAUUUGAUUUUUUAAACUCUACAUUUGACAUACAUGUUUCAUCUCAUUUGUUUCCGAAUCAAACCAAAACAUUUCGUUGCUACGCAAAAUUCGCACAAUUCGGCAGUUUCGAAACCUCCUACUUUCCACGUGCAACACGCAUUUUAUACGACGAAGCAAAAUCGAGCAAAGAAAAAAAAACUUAGCUUAACGAAUAGGUUUAAACAAAAAAGAUAAAAAAGACAGGGUAAAAUUAUAAAAGUAAAUGAAAAUACCAACCAAGGUUUACGUUUGCGUUCUCUAGAAAUCAAUUUCGCUCAGUUUGGCCAGUAGUGCCGUUCCUGAACAUAGGGCGGUAUUUGUUUGUUCUUGGGUUCUUGUUACAGUCUUCUCACUCACAUACUUUGAAUUGGGUCAUUUAUUUCUCGAAAAUCUUGGUGUAAAACAACAUUUAUUUUUUUCUCAAGCUUGGCAAGCGAAACAAAUAAUAGACUCGGAAAUCGACUUAACUCUAUAUUUAUGUGUUACACGUUUUGAAUCAAAAAUAAACUGUAAAUCGCGAAAUCUCAAUUUUGUUAUUUAAUGUGUAGAGAAGAAAAAAUAAACGAAAACGACGACAAAGAGUUUAGAGAUGAGGAUAAAAAACAAAAGCUUAUAAUUCUACGAUUAGUUAAUUGUGAAAUCGUGAAACAUGAUUAAACUUAGUACGAGUUUAAGUAAAAGAAAAAAAAA